CUAGACGUCGCGACGCUCAAUGAGUCUGGUCGCCAGUCGACGCUAAGCCGUCGCAGAGAAUACACCGAGCCGCCGCCGACGCCAACUCCAAACUUACGCUGCGCGAGAGAAGUCACCACACGUGAGAGAUUCAGUCACGUGGAUUGUUAAUUCUACAACACUGCUUUCAGAAGAGAAAAUGACAAUGGAUGUGAAAGCUCAAGCGCCUAAGAGCGCUACAACCGGGAGCAGUGGAACACAAGAGUGUGCUGGGUGCGGAAAACACAUCACAGAAAGGUUUCUAUUAAAGGCACUCGACCUCUACUGGCAUGAGGACUGUCUCAAAUGCGGAUGCUGCGACUGUAGACUGGGGGAAGUCGGAUCAACCCUCUACACAAAAGCAAAUCUUAUUCUUUGCAAGAGAGACUACCUGAGGCUUUUUGGAAGCACCGGAUACUGUGCCGCUUGUUCUAAAGUGAUUCCAGCUUUCGAAAUGGUUAUGAGAGCAAGAAACAACGUUUAUCAUCUCGAAUGCUUCGCCUGUCAGCAGUGUAAUCACAGAUUCUGUGUUGGAGACAGAUUCUACUUAUGUGAAAACAAGAUCCUGUGUGAAUACGACUACGAAGAGAGGCUUGUGUUUGCAAACAUGGCCUACAACCCUCCUACCAUUGCACAACUCAAGAGGCACACCAAUCACAUUCCGCCAGCAGGAGCAAGCGGAGCCAGUGAUCGUCGAGUGACCAAUGGGGGCGAACCUGUGACCAACGGUCACCACUACCCCGCUGCGCCACCCGCCGAGCCACCCCUCCUCUACGAUGUCAAAUGAUUGUCGAGGAUGACUUCCAGGUCUUCCAACAGAUAGACCCACCUCCGAACCAGCCGUCCCGACUUGGCCCAAACAUUCCAACCGUCUGGCUUCAGUGUAACGCAAACCAAAGAUCGCAAACGAAAAAUGAUAUCGAAUUGAAAAGCACUGCAAAGUGUCUAUUUUAUUAGUUACCGUGAACUUCAUGCACUUGUUAUUAUGUAUAAUUCGAUUGAUAGUUGAUAGUUAUUAUUAUGUUAUGUAAAUGAUUGUAAAUACUCUGACAACACAUGGAUGGUUGGAGACUUGAUCAUAUCUUCACAACCUUUCUCAAAGAAUAACAACUUACUAAUGUACUUGUUACGUGUCACAGCUAUCACUUCCAUUAUUAGUUUGACAAUAACUGUUCAUCGGGAGAGAUUUAAUAGAUCAAUUGAUGGAUAAAUUAAUCGAUAGUUGGAUGGGGAAAUACUUCUCUAGGUGCUACAGUGUAAGUAGAAUUUCCUCUAGAAAUCAACAAAUUUUAUAUCAUCGACAACUAUUUGUCAAUCCUCAAACAUCAUCUUCCCAAGACAAUCUAGUCGAUAUUCUGGUCACCCAUAAGACUCCAACCAUCCAUACAAGGCUCUUAAUCAUGAUUAUAAUUUCUUGUAAAAUAUCAUGAGUUUUUAUGUAAAUAGUUUUUUUAUUGUUAUAUAACGAAAAUAACUACUGUUGUACAUUAUCAAUCAUCUGAUCUAGUCUUAUAUUAUAGAAUAUAUAUCAUCAAAAUAACCUAAAUGAAUAUUUGUAAGUUAAAUGAAUAAUUGUAAGUGUAUAAUCUUCCAAAAUGAAUGUAUACAAGGGUGAAGGGUGAAAUACUAUACUUUCAAAUUAUUGUUGAAAUACUGUAUUUGAAGAUUGCAUGAGCUCAGCCACUUAUAGAUCACCAACGGAGUAGUGAAUUCAUAUCUGAUGGACAGAAAUUGUCUCAUAUUGAUAUGACAAACAGAUGUAUAGUCUCAAAAAUGUGAGGGGUAUUCAUGAAAAAAUCUAAGAAUUAGAUGUCGUAAGUUGAAGUUUUCUUGGAUGUUCUCCAAGUGAUUAUGUAGUUUUUCGACAUUCUUGUUUUGGACAAGAAUGGAAUAACUGAAAAUGUUGUAUGUUGAUGAUUAACUUAAUUCCUAUUAUUCUCCUCAACCUUCUCAGAAUUUUUAGAAUAAUUUUGAAUGUCAAAGAAUGCAUAAAGAAUCAAUUCUGAGAAAAAUGUAAUGGAAGGUCAAUAUUGUAUGAAUAACAAAGUGUUAUAGAUAUUUGGAGAUGUAAAAAAAGGAUGAAUCAAUAUAUGUUAUAUUGAAGUGUCUCGUGUUGAUGAAAUAUAUGUAUUCUCGAGAGUAUGUAAUAAUAAUACAGUCUCUGUUCAAAUAGUUUGUAUUUCAAAUAAUAAGGUUGAAAACUUGAUCAUCUCAUAAGAUACGAGGAAUUAAACUUAUCACUGUCUUAAAUUAACGAUAUAAUGCUCUUGAUAAUAUGUAUGUCCAUGAUGUUUUCAACCUCAUAUGCAAUAUGGGAAUAAUGAGUAUGACCAUUCAUAUUGAAUCAUGAAUUUAUUCAUCUAAGCCAAAUACAUUCCAAAGAUAUAUUUUCUAUCGAGCGUCAUUGACAAUAUAUGAUUUUCUCUUGAUAUGAUUAUAAAAUAUGCAUAACAAUGUAAUAAGUGUGGAAUUGUUGAUCAUAGUCCUAACAAAUAUUGAUGUUACCGUUUAGAGGAAAUUUUAAUCUUCAUAUUUUAUGUAGAUUCAUCCUAGGAAUUAUUAUGUGGAUAUCAUUGCAAUUAUAGAGUUUUUGAGAGUUGUUGAGAAAAGACAGUUUAUCAAAAAAGAAGACUGCAAUUCGUUAAAAACUUCAUAAACUGAUUCAAAUGCAGCUUGAUUUUGAAUUCAUAAAGUUAUAUACAUCAAACUUCGAAUUUGUUUCUGAUGUGUAGUUGAAAUAUUGUUUUGAGCAGUUAUCAAUACUUAUAAGUCUUUUGUUGAUCGUUGUAAGUCCAACUUACAUUGUAGAUAAUAAAAUAAUAAAAUCGAUUAAGAACUA